AUGCUCUCACUCGCUGGGUUCUUCUUAGUUACCGGGAGAUUGCAGGGUAGCGGUCUCUUAGGUUGCCUUCGCAACAACAGGUUCUCUAAAUAUGGGUGGCAGCCAUGGGCAGCAGCGGCUGAGAAGGAACUCUCUGGACCGUCUUCUGCACCUUAUGUGAACGUCUUCCCACCACAGCGUCGUCAUGUUCUCGAUUCGUCCAAGAUUGCAAUUUCAUGUGAAAGUGUCGACGAGGAAGAAGUUGCAAACUACCUACUGCCUAUGACUUCGAACUACCAGACAUGCACGGACAAGAGCUAUACUCCAACAGGAUUCUCGGUGGCAGAGGUGAAGGCACUGGGUGAUUUCCCUGACUAUGCUGAACUCAGUGGUGUGCCCUUGCCGGAGCCGUACUAUGAGUUCGACAUCGACAAGGCGUUGCCACGACCUUAUCGCCCAUUCAGGUGGUCCUACCAUCAGACAAUGUCCCUUACGAAGUUAGAGACCGAUUGGUGGAUCGAACUCGAGAAAACCUACAAAGAGCGAGUCAAACAGCGCAAGGAGUUGUACGCCGAACAUGGUAGCUCCGUGCUUGGUUAUCUUCCUGGCUCUGAACUGGCCUGCAAGGAGCUCAUGGAAAUGGUAUUGCAGUUUAUCUGUGCCCGCUACCCGCAGUACUUUGCCGUCGAAAACAACCGGGUUCUGCACAAUCGGAUCCUAGGAACGACAGAGGAUAUCAAGUCCAAGCAUCCCCUCGAGAUUCUUAUCAAUAAUGUGCCAGAGGAUUUUGGGAUCAUGAUGCGCGAUGAAAAGACGGGAUUCUACUUCCUCCGCGCAGGCGUCAUCUGUUCGUCUUUGGGAUGGAAUGUUGGAACCAAAAUUGGCCUUCAGCUGCAUCAGAUCCACGAGGGUAUUCCGGACUACAAAGAGAAGAUGCAAUUUUCAAUGGAUCGGUUUUUUACCAAGAUGCCUGCCGACAAGCCCAUUCAGAGAGGAUCUUGGGGACUCGAGGUCGGCCAGCCUUUGUACAUGCCUAAAGGGGACCCUCACGAGACACUGCGCCUUUCCCAGGACCCGAACCUCCAGCUGGACAACUGUCACUUGCGUGUCGACUGGCAGACUCUCCGUCGUCUCCCUCUUUCCGCCGCCAUUGUUUUCAACUUCAAGGCCCUUUUCACCCCGGUGUCAGAAUUCCAGGACGAGCCAGGCGUGCCUGCAUUGACGGCCAAGAUCCUGAAGGAGGGUAAAAAGAACUUGAUGGAUUACAAAGGCACCUGGCACGUGGAGCACGUUGUAAUCCCGAAGCUCGAAGAGUGGGCCAAGGAGCAGGAAGAGAAGGGACUGGUCUCCAAGAAUUGGCAGGUGUCAACCUUGGAUGACAGUCCUUGGUACCAAGGUUGGCAGGAGAAAUGGCAUCGCCAGCAGGGAUUCUAA